GCACGCUUGAAGGGUGUAGGUGCACGCGCUCUGACUGGGAGGCGCCCUGGUGUUAGGGUCUGCGAGCGGAGGAAAUAUAUUAAUCUUUGGAAGGAACUUUAAAUGUCUUCAGAGGACAAAGAAGCUCAAGAGGACGAGCUUCUUGCUUUGGCAAGUAUUUAUGAUGAAGAUGAGUUCAAGAAAGCAGAGUCUGUACAGGGAGGAGAAAUUAGAGUCUCUGUGGACCUGCCACAAAACUUUGAUAUAUUUGUGACUGGCAGUCCUUUAGAGAAUCUUCAGAAUGGCAAAUUCGAAUGCACAGUUUCCUUCUUGCCUCCAGUUGUUCUGAAUUUUGAAUUCCCAGUAGACUAUCCAUCAACCUCACCACCUUUAUUCACUCUCAGUAACAAAUGGCUCUCCCGAGCACAGCUCACUGCACUUUGCAAGCACUUAGACAACUUAUGGGAAGAGAACAGAGGCUGUGUGGUCUUGUUUGCCUGGAUGCAGUUUCUCAAGGAAGAAACACUUGGGUUUCUGAACAUUACCUCCCCAUAUGAGCCAAAGAUAUGCAAACAAGAACAAAAGCAAAACAGAAUACAUAAAGAAGAAGCUUGCUGUGCCAUAGCAAGUGCUGCAGCAGCACAGGAAGAAACCCUUGAUCCAAGAGCUAUACAAGAUGUUGAGUCUCAGUCCAACCUGAUUAGAGAAAUAAUAGAUUUUGAUCAGGCCCGAAGAGAAAAGUGCUUUAAUAGUAAAAUGUACUUAUGCAAUAUCUGCUUUUCCGAAAAGCUGGGAAGUGAAUGUAUGCACUUCAUGGACUGCAGCCAUGUGUAUUGCAAAGCCUGCCUAAAGGACUACUUUGAAAUUCAGAUUAGAGAUGGGCAGGUCCAUUGCCUGAAUUGUCCAGGAUUGGAAUGUUCUUCUGUUGCUACUCCAGGGCAGGUGAAAGAGCUAGUUGGAGAGCAGCUAUUUGCCCGUUAUGACCGCCUACUGCUUCAGUCCAGCUUGGAUUUGAUGGCAGAUGUGGUGAAUUGCCCACGCCCCUGUUGCCAAACGCCAGUGAUGCAGGAACCAUGCUGUAGCAUGGCCAUCUGUUCCAGGUGCAAUUAUGCCUUCUGUAUCCUGUGUAAGAAGACUUAUCAUGGUGUCUCUCCAUGUAAAGUCACUGUAGAUAAAUUAAUAGAUUUGGAGAAUGACUACCUUGAAGCGGAUGAGGCUACAAGAAAGUUUCUAGAGCAACGCUAUGGGCAAAGGGUGAUUCAAAAGGCACUGGAGGAAAAGGGAAGUAGAGAAUGGCUGGAAAAGAAUUCCAAAGGAUGUCCCUCCUGUGGCACUCCUAUACAGAAGUUUGAUGGCUGUAACAAAAUGACAUGCACUGGCUGCAUGCAGCACUUCUGUUGGAUUUGUAUGAGAUCUCUGUCAAAGGCAAAUCCAUAUGGACAUUUUAAUGAUCCAAACUCCCCAUGUUUUGACCGGUUAUUUCAAAAUGAUGCUGACUUCGAGGAUGAGGACUAGCUCAUCAUCCCAGUGUCAAAAGCUGAAGAAAACAAC